CAUCGCACGCUUGGAAACGCUCCAGCGGUCUGGUCUAUUUUUACCCGGCACGCAUAAAAUUUCUCGGUGGGGACGACGGCAGGAAGCAGCAUCGUUGACCAUCGUCGUCGCCAUGAGCUACGACAUCGACAGUGCCAUGGCAUCGUGUGCGCUGAUCGUGUGCUGGGCGUCAGGCGCGUACAUGCCCGUCGCUCUGGCCUUCUACGUCAAGCAUCGCAACCACCCGAGCAUCAAGUAUCGGCAGCCCAUGCUCAUGGCGGUCGUGGGGUUGCUCUGUACGAUUCAAUGCUGGGGUAUGGCAUGCAUCGGAUUGUUUGGCCGGCCGUGGUCGUGUGUCGCUGCCGUUGUGCCAUCGCUGGUGCUGUUUCGCGUCACAGGGCUUGUGUACUUUUUAGCCCAAGGCUCGGUCGUCGCGAUGUUUUCCAUCACCGAACUCCUCGCCCUGCCACAACAUCGAUCGCCCACGGCGCUCAAGCGAAUGCAGGCAUAUCGAUGGCUUCUCUUCCGUCCCGUGCAGGCUGGAUUCGUGAUGGUCGGGGGCAUCCUGGCACUGGGCGUUGGCAUCGGCAUCUUGCCAUCGACGCUGUGGCAUGCAACGUUCGGCGACUGUGUUGGCGACCGACCAGUCCAGGUGCCGUGCUCGACACAUGCUCCGCUGUUGCGGUGACCGCGCCUCGAGUAGGCGCUGUAUAUAUCCACGGCCGCCGAGAUUGCCGCCAUGAGCGCCGUCUCGCUCUACUUGUCGAGGCAUAUCAGCAUGGUCGUCGACAACUUUGGACUGCGGCAAACAUACGAACGCGCCGCUCUGGCCAUGUUUGUGGUGGCGGUCGUUGGCGCGGCAACGAUGGCAUCCGCGGCCAUGGGAACCAAGACGGCCGAAGUGUUUCGCACGGCCAUUCACGCCAUCGCCGCCCAUGUUGUCGUGGGAUUUCACAUCGUACUUCCCGUGCGACGGCGGCACGGUACGUUGUCCGUGGGGACGUGUCGCGAUGCCGCAAUCGCACGCGUUCAUUGUUGGCCGGUAGGAAACUCCAAGUGGGUAACGCGAACGCUAGCGAUCCGCCCGAUGUCGUCGACAGCAUCACACUGGCAGAAGGCGACGCUGUUGUCGGUGGGCAACGACGGGGCAGCCCCGCCCCCCACCACGCUUCCGCCACCACAGCAAACUCUACCGAAAGGCACCACGUACACCAAACUGUCGAGGGUAUGCCCAGCCACCCUGUCUCAUUCUCCAUCCUAUGAGACGCUGCGACGACUGCCGCCGGCCAAAGAUAUUCAUGCGCUACUUGUGGACCUGCAGCUCUUUUUGGGGACGCCGGACGGGUUUGACGCGGUGUUGGCGUACGCCCACAAGGAAUCGCACACGCAGGAGCUGCUCGCGUGGGCCAUGGUGGAAAAGUUCAAGCGCAGGCUUGUGACAGCGCAGACCGUGUACGACCACUGUUUGGCGCCGCAGAGUUUGCUGUGGUGCAAGGCCGCGGCGGAGGUCGCGCCAGCGGUCGCUCGCAUCCUGCAUACCCCGCCGCCACUCCACUUGCACCGCGUGCGGGACACGUCGCCCCAUUCGCCGUCGAUGCGGCGGGCGCUGGACGAAUUUUCCACAAAGCUGGUCAAAGUCAUUUAUUUCAAGGUUCUCCCCGGGUUCCAGCAGCACAGCGCGGCGUGGCACGAAUUUCUCACGACGCUCAAAACGAUGGACUUGCUCGAAUCCGUCGACAAGAUGACGCAGCAAACCACGAGCAACACGCUGUCCAAAGUGUCCAAGGCGGAACCGCUGCCAAUCCUGCGGAAAAACUCGGCCGGCGGCCUCCACGACCAGUCCGAAUGGUCCCAGUACGCCAAUACGACGUCGAUCGCGGCACCCAACCACCCGUCAGGAACGCACUGCAAGUCUGAAGUUUCCCAAACAAUCACUCGAUGACGCAGCAAGGUAUCGACCGAAUUCGACCAGCCACGCGGACGUGAAAGCGGUCAUCGCAACACACGUCGACGGCACGUGCCUCGGGUAGAGCGGUCGCCACGGCCCAUCUACAAACACACGACCUCGGCCGCACCGCAGUCGUUGUGUAGCAGGAAUGGGCGUACACUGGACCGAUCGUGCGUGUUCAUGCUGGUUACUCCAUCCGCAGGCACCGCUUCGACUCAAACGUGCCACGCGCUGUGUGCACGGAGAGCCGCCGCCCCCUAACCAGCAUUUCAAGGGCUCUCGAACGGUGAUGCCAUCUUCGAAGGACGUAGCGCCUGAGGCUAGCUUUCUUGCAACAACGACGUCCAACGGGAAUCGCUGGGUCGACCAUCCAUCUCAACCGUGUGGCCUCGCGACGUGUUUUGCCCAGCCGUCGUGCGAGGAUGCGUCUGGUCAAGUCACACCGACAUCGACGUCGUUCUAGAGCCCAACGUUCAUUGGAACGCGCGCGAGACUUCCUCCUGGCCGAUGAGGUGGGGAUUUGCUACAACACAGCGCCGAACGCCGCCGACGUCCAGUCGCCAGCUUGGGUUUCAUCAUCGCGUGAGAAAAUAGACCAACGGCGUGGCUAAUGCUUACACUUCAACUUGGCCACACCACUUGGUGGAGGUGCGGCUGCGACGGACCACGUGCACAGUUGGCUCUCUCCCAAAAAUGCACUGUAGUGAGCCACGGACUUUGUUUACAA